CCACACCCGGACCUUUUCGCGCGUCACCUCACGCUCCCCGGUAUCGAACGGGACGUUUAACCGCACCCCUGUAGGACCUACUGUUAAAGACUCCCAUCACUGUAACACUGCCUAUCCGCGUGCCGAAGCGUCAACACCCAUUUACACAUUCUCUCCAACGCGGAGUUCUGAACAGAGAUGGACCAAGAGUUCAGUGAGCGCGGGCAAUGACACUGACCAGCACUGAGAGAUAGGGAUGGAUGCUAAAGUGGGGGAAAUGUUCGCUUUGAUUGCCGUGUGCUGCUGCAGCUUCGGUCUCCCGGCACUUGCAGAGGUGAUUGGUGAUGACAGUUAUCUGAAUGCCGUGCAGCAGACUACAGUUCCGCUGUCCUGUUCCGAGGGCUUCACCGAGCUGGGCUACUACAACGGCACCGUCUCCCAGACCGACUCGGGCUCGCCCUGCCUGAAAUGGACCGAGUUCCCCGACUACGUGCAGCAGUACCCGGGCCGGGGCCUGGGCGACCACAGCUACUGCCGCAACCCGGACCGUGAGUCCAACCCCUGGUGCUUCUUCAGACAGACCUCCGGGGCCAUCGGCUGGGCAUACUGCGACUGUCACCAGGGUGCGGCGAGGUUGGUGGGGGGGUCGUCUCCUAAGAGUGGCCAGGUGGAGGUGUACCUGAACGGCCAGUGGGGCUCCAUAUGUGACACGCACCUCACCGAACGAGAUGCCAGUGUCAUCUGCAGACAGCUCAAGAUAAGCGAGAUCGGAACGCCCCUGAGGAAUUCUCGCUUCAGUUCCGAAACCGGCUCGGGCUCCUCCGGGCUGUUCCACUACGAGCGUCUGGGUUGCCGCGGCGAUGAGAGGUCCCUGCUGGAGUGCCGGAGCAGGAAGUUCCUCACCAGCGACUGUAACCAUGACAACAAGGCCGCCGUGCUCUGUGCUCCACCAGAAGGAAGUGGCCCUCCGCUGCGAUUGGUGGGUGGCGAGGAGGAGUUCGAGGGCCGCGUGGAGGUGUUCCACGACGGGAGGUGGGGCUCCAUCUGUGACGACCAAUGGGACGAGAGGGAUGCGGCCGUGGUUUGCAGACAGCUGGGACUGGGGGGGGUGCCAAAGGCCUGGUCGUGGGCCCACUUCGGCCAGGGCAGCGGCCCCAUCCUGCUGGACGCGAUGCAGUGCUCGGGCAACGAGCUGUCCCUGGACGAGUGCCCCCACAGCGGCUGGGAGCAGCACAACUGCGACCACAUGGAGGACGCUGGAGUCUCCUGCAACCCCUACACUGACGGUGUGGUAAGGCUGGUGGAUGGUGACAGCCCGUGGGAGGGUCGUCUGGAGGUGUACCACUCCGGGGACUGGGGUACCGUCUGUGAUGACAACUGGAGCCAGAAGCACGCGCAGGUGGUCUGCAGACAGCUUGGCUUCAGGGGGCGUGCUGAGGUGGUGGUGGACGGGUCGUUCGGCGAGGGCGAGGGCCUGAUCCUAUUGGACGACGUGCAGUGCGAGGGCACCGAGAGCUCCCUGCUGGACUGCCGCCACGGGGUGUGGGGACGUCACGACUGUUCCCACAACGAGGACGUCGGAGUGCGCUGUCAGAAACUGGAGGAGGAGGAAAACAAUGAAGUUCCCAUUGAGGAAGAGGAGGAGGAGGAUGAUGGUCCGCUGGUGCGUCUCAUGGGUGGUGAGGAUCGUAAGGAGGGUCGUGUUGAGGUCUUCAAGAGUGGAGAGUGGGGGGGCAUCUGCGAUCACGCCUGGAACGACCUCAACGCAGCUGUGGUCUGCAGACAACUGGGCUUCACUGGUGUUGCUAAGGCGAGGCCAAUGGGCUUCUUCGGUCCAGGUAAGGGUCCUAUCCACCUGGGUCGUGUCCGCUGCACGGGGAAGGAGGCUGACCUGGGGGAGUGUCCAGCCAAGGCCAAGACCAGCAGAGCCUGCCAGCACGGAGAAGAGGCGGGCGUGGUGUGUGACUACGUGCCUGACCCCCCUGCUGACGUGGCCGUGGUGGGAACCCACACCUGCGGGAUACGCAACAACGCCGAGCGCAGGAGCAAGAGGAUCAUCGGCGGAUACAAGUCCCUCAGGGGUGACUGGCCUUGGCAGGCGUCUCUCUGGCUGCGUUCCCAGUCCCGCGGGAGCCACCCGCUCUGCGGAGCCACACUCAUCAACUCCUGCUGGGUGCUCACCGCCGCACACUGCUUCAGGAAGUUUGGCACGGACCCGUCUCGCUACCUUGUGCGCCUGGGCGACCACCACACAACGGAGCAGGACGACUUCGAGCGCACAGUGACCGCCGAGCACGUCAUCCUGCACAGGAAGUACUCGCCGCAGAGCUGGGAGCACGACAUCGCCCUCAUCAGGCUGCGCGGCUCCGAGGGCAAGUGCGUGGCCUUCAACCCCCACACCAACGCGGCCUGCCUGCCAGCCCAAGGCAGCAAGUGGGGCAAGAGGCCCGCCUCGUGUGUCAUCACCGGCUGGGGAGUCUCAGACGCGGAUGAGCCUGGCUCCCUGCAGCAGGCCUGGGUGCCCCUCCUCCCCACCUGGCAGUGCAAGAAACGCUACGGCGAGCGCUUCACCAGCCACAGCAUGCUGUGCGCCGGCACCCUGCCUGACCGCCACGCUUCUUCCUCUUCCUCUUCCUCUUCCUCCUCCUAUUCCUCUCAUGGCCGUGCCACCCCUGACAGCUGCCAAGGUGACAGCGGCGGCCCGCUGGUGUGCCAGGGCGAGGGCGAGCGCUGGGUGCUGACGGGCGUCAUCUCCUGGGGCCACGGGUGCGGGGAGCCGUCCUCGCCCGGCGUCUACGCGCGCGUCAGCCGCUUCCUGCCGUGGAUAGAGCAGGUCACGCACAGCACCGCCCCUCUACAGGUGUGAUGAGGAUCAUGGCUCCUGAAUCCCCGCCCCCACUUUUGGUCUUCAACGCAAGCUCUCAUUGGUUACCUGGAGGCUUCCCCGCCCCCACUUUCGGUCUUCAACGCAAGCUCUCAUUGGUUACCUGGAGGCUUCCUGUUGGCUCCCAUUGGCUAUUGAGGGGAGGGGCUGCUGGGUCAUGUGACUAUCCUGGGGGCGGGGUUUUUGUUAACAGGAGAACUGUGCGUGCCUGCUUCGAUACUACUUACUACUAGACCAGAAAAAAACAACAACGAUAUGCUCGAUGACAACAAUGCCAUAACAUAACACUAACUGGGAUCGAUCGUCCCAGCUUUUGAUGUGCAGUCUUCUGUCUCUCUCCUAUCCUUUUACGCUGAAGCUAUCAGAUGCUGGUUGAGGCAUUAGAAACCAGCAAAAACACACACACUCACACACAGAAGGGCAACAAAAAAACACAUCUUUUCAGGCAGUGUUUCAGAAUUCUUUUUUCUCAGUCAAGACGGUCUUAGACUCUCUAAAACCUGUCAUUUGGUCUACUGUACAUUUCAGUGUCUUAGUUGCUGUCAGACGGCCUCUGUGCAUGUUAACUCUAUGUAUGGUUAACUUUGUGUAUCUUUAAAAAAAAGAAAGAAAAAGCCAUUUGUGUAUAAUAACAAUACUGUCUGAGCCAAUAGCAUGGUAGCGAAUGGUGCAGGGGAACUCAAGAAGAAACAGAUGAGCGUAUGUGAUUGGUCAGAUUGUGAUGUGUCAUCGACUGUACUGUACCAGGGAAGGGCAACUGGAGACCCGAGAGCCAAAUGUUGCCCGCCUACUCACUCAGUUCGGCCCGAUUUAAAAUAAUGACCACUAGUGAAUCCAUUUCUUGUAAUGUAUACUGUUGGCUGAUAGAGAACACUCAUAUUCACUCCUAUUCACUUCCAAACAACAAGGACAUGUCAUUUAGACCAGUGAUUCUCAAAGUGUGGUCCGGGGACCACUGGUGGUCCGCGACAGGGCUCAGGUGGUCCGCGAGAGGAUUUCUACUUUUCCAAGACAAACUAGCAGUAGGCUGUUAGUUGUAACAUUAUUACAAAGCUAAACAUAGCUGAAGUCAUAUUUUCACCACGAGAAGAGAAAUUAGUAUGCGUCAACUGUCAAUUCAGUUGACAGGUGGUCCCUUAAAAUUUCUGGGGGGGGGACAAAGUGGUCCCUGGUCUGAAAAUGUUUGAGAAACACUGAUUUUAGACCAUCUAACUGCACCUCGCACUCUGCGAGCUGCUGUAAGCUGCAUGGUCAUGUGGCCGUCAAAUAGUGGUGAUGGAAAAAUGCGGCCCUCCUUGAAAAAUGCGGCCCUCCUUGAAAAAUGCGGCCCUCCUUGAAAAAUGCGGCCCUCCAUGACAGUUGCCCAUCCCUGGACUAAGCUAUACAGUAUUCACCCUCAUCUCCGAAGUGCAGUAUUCUGACCAUUCAAGUUGGGAUUUGGUAUUCUCCACACACACAAACACGCACACACUCACACACGGACACGCACACACACA